AUGCAUCUCCCUUCACAACCAUCCGUUCGUGCCAACUCCACCGCGGACCCGACACCCAUCGAUCAAUCCGACAACACAAACUACGACGCAACUUCCGAUACCCACAACAUCAUCAUCGGAAGUAUCGCUCUCGUGCUCGCUGCUGCAACAAUCGUUCUUGCCGUCGUGUUAUUCCGGCUCGAAAGGCGUCGUGGUCAGCUGUCCACGCAAGGUGGAGGUUCGACUGAAGAACAGGGCGUUGGUAUGGACGAUCUUGAACGCGGAAGUAGCAGCGAGGCCAGCGGCGUCGACUCAACUGUCCAGACUGCGGUCGGGGAAUCCACGACGUCAGAACAGCAGUUGUCAGGCACUCAAUGA